GAGGCCGGGGCCGCGGCAGCCACACGAAUCCCUCUUCGCUCCUCAGCCCCACAGACCCACGACCACGAGACUUGGGCCGGCCGGGACCUGGGUGGAGGUCGAUGGCAAGUGGGGCCCGCCGUCCUUCCUGGGGCCCACGUUCGUCGACGUGGGGUAGAGGUAGAGGAGGGGUUAAGUAGUACUCCAGGCUCCAGCAGGGGAGGGGAGAGAUGCGUGUUCGUCUUCCUUCCCACCCAUCCCUGUUUCUAGCUCCUCCUCCUUCCCCAGCGGGUGGCCGCAGCAAUUUGCAAGCAGAGGAAGAAAGCUUCCGGGCGUCUCGGCGCGAAGAACAGCGUCACGUUCUGACGGAGGAGAACAGGAGAAGGUCUCGGGUUUCGGCCGGCUGCCUGUAUGAGCGCCACCAUGGCGUGGUAUCCAUUACCGCAGAGCGGAGGCACAGGCACGCCGUCGGGCGGCGGCGAGCUGUUGGACGACCAGAGCGGCGGCUGGGCGCUCUGGAGCUUCGGCUCAGCUGACGACGACCACGGCGCUGGCGUGGUGCGCGCGGAGACGCACGGGAGUUCAGACGAGCGGACGGAGGAGGGCCGGCCCGCGCCGCCGCAGCAGCAGCAGCAGGCAACAGACGACAUCUUCAUGAGCCAGUUCUCGGACGAGGAGGUGAGGAAGAUGGACGACGCCCCGUUCGAGGCGCUGGGCAUGUUCCCGGACUCCAUGCACCAGCUGCUGUCCUACGAGAACAUGCUGAGCGGCGGGGCGCUGCUGAGCUGCUGCAGCUCGGAGGACCUGCUCCUGAACGCCACGCUGGGCGUGGACGCCAUGGACACCUGCGGCUUCCCUCUCUUCAGCCACGACCUGCAGCUGCAGAGCGCGGCGCCGGAUCUCACGCUCACGCCUGAGGACCAGGAUGGGGCGAGCUUUGCUGCGACGAAAAGGAGCAGGUCAUCCGUCGCGGAUGAAGGGGGCUUCCUCUUCCAAGCGCUGGUGCUCCGGGAGCUCGAGGACGUCGUGUUCCAGCUGACCAAGCGGACGCGGGUAUGCUUCCGGGACGCCUUCUUCAGGCUGGCCGAGAGUUCGAGUGCCAAGUGCGGCGCUGCGAACGGAACGCCGCCGCCUUCCUCUGCAACUGCAACUGCAACCGGCGGUAGGAUCUCAACACCAGGGCCAGGCCGCCCGGAACGGGAGACGAACGCCAUCGACAGGACGGUGGCGGACCUCACCAUGCGCCCCGCUGUCCUCGCGAGCCGCUGCCCCGCCGACGGCGACUCAGGGGCGGAGGCGCACUCCGCAACCACCGACCGGCACGACGACGGCGUAGAAAGGGCACCGCGCGACUGAUCCGUCUUUUUUUUGCCGGCUACUGCUACGAUUCGUUCGGCCAUGUUGGGCGCAGAGAGAGAGAGAGAUGUACAUAUAUAUGAUGAAGAGAACCGGCUGUCGUUUAUGCAUUUCUACGGAACUUCGAUAUAGUGAAGUCACUGUCUGAUGCAGCUGAACACUGGCACCGUUUAUACAGUGGUAUUUGGAACUGGGGUACACGACUGUUAUUAAUUAUUAUGUUUCUUUUCUUUUUUAGCUUUCGGUUGCAUACUGACACACGUGUGUUUGUUUGGAAAGGCAAGAAACUAGAAGUGAUGAGUGAA